AUCGCAGGCACGUGAUAAGGACCAGCCAGACGAAGCGAAACGCGGAUGGGAGCUCGACGCCGCGGCGACACGGCCACGGCUCCAUCAACGCCUGCCCGUGCGCGACUACCUCCUCUGACGCUUGCGCAACGUGUGUUCACGGCGCUGGUGAAGCAUACAUUGCCCUCAUCACCGACCGACUUUGUCCUACCUUUCUGCAAGGACCCACUUCUCGCCACAUACUUCCACGACCUGGCCAAUUCCAUCAGAGCUGCAUCCGAUUACACCUUGGACUUUACUCGUGACGAGAUCGCUGAAGCCGAGGCGGUCGAGCUGACGUGGUUGCCUCCGAAAUACUCGAAAACUUCCAAGAAUGUGUACCUUGUAAGGAAGGCACCGUUGGCCCAAGCUUCUUCGAGCAGUCGGUGCACGUGUUACGGGCAAGACAACCAGCGAGGAAGCUCAACUCGGCCUGCGCAGGCGUCGUCGCCAGUCGAGACGACGAGGUCAUACUCGUCCACCAACCUUAAACAAGUUGAAGACCCGACUUAUUGCAACGAUACGUGCCACAACAGACUGGUCUUGAUCGAGUGUGGCAAGAACACGUGCUCCGCGCCCGAUCCGUCCAAGUGCCGCAACCGCCCAUUCCAACGAAAAGCCACGAAGGCAACGCGGGUUCAAUACAUGGGGCCAAAAGGAUUCGGACUUGUCGCCGACGAGGCAAUCCAAGUCGGCGAUUUCGUUGUGGAAUACGUGGGCGAGGUCAUCGACGAAGCCAUGGCCGCGGACCGCCGCGCCGCCAACCUCGCUUCGGGAAACACACACACGUACAUGCUCGAGAUGGAAAAAGAUAUCUUGAUCGACGCCCAGUACAAAGGCAACGUGAGCCGCUUCAUCAACCACAGCUGCGCACCCAACUGCAGCGCUCAGAAAUGGACGUGCGAAGGCAAUGUGCUUCGGAUUGGGAUUGUUGCACACGCCCCCAUCGCCCGUGGCGAAGAAAUCACGUUCGAUUACCAGUUUACCCACGUGGGGGCCACAAGCGUGACAUGCCAUUGCGGGGCCGCAACAUGCAAAGGCCAAAUGGGGUUCAAAGAAAAGGACACGAUCAAGGCCGAGGAUAAAACAUCCGACAGCCAUGCGCAGCCGUGGACGCGCCCGAUCAAAGUCUCGUCCCUGGCGCUUUUCAAAAGUGCUCGCUUGGACCGAGACUGGCUGGACGAAUAUGGAUUUGCCAAGAAGCGGCUCUUCCUCAGCCACGCCGUACACGAUGACGUCGACGUUGAUUCGUACUACAACUCGAUCCGACCCACGAAGCGCCAGACGACCUCCAACUGGUACCACCAAGUGCUCACGAAUCCACCUACAAAGACUACAUCGUUCCUCGCCGGUGGCGUGCUGGACUACACCAAACUCCUAUCCCAACAAAAGACGAAAAAACGUGCUGCUGCAGCACCCUCGCCAGCUCCCCGCCCGCGCCGCAAAUCGCUCUUGGAUUCACGCUACCAACUCAUCAAGGAAGUGCAUCAGUUUGCCGAAGGUCGAUCCGUGUGGAAUGCCCGCCUUCGAGUGUCCACCGCCAACCUCGACGUCGCUCGGAUCUAUCGAUUCGUGGAAAACAUUGAAAACGGCGUCCACCAUCAACACGGAGAAACCAACGACCUCAACGAAGAUGCAUGCCACCGAUGUGGCACAGCCGGUGAAUUGAUCUGCUGCGACGGAUGUCCUGCUGCAUUCCAUCUAUCAUGCGUGGGCCUCCACAACCUACCGCCCCGCAAUGUGGACUGGUACUGCCCGUCUUGCAAACGCUCCAAGACCAACGUACCAAGCACGUCGGCGCAGCGCUUAUCGCAAACUAACGCGAUCUUUCAAGUUGGUCCUGCCCCCGAGACGAAGCGUUGGCACAAGCGCAAGGUCGGUCGACCCAAACGCGUCGUGCUGGCGACAGGAGAGACCACCAACAUGCUGUCCGCCUCACCCGACAGAGUAGACAUGGCAUAGCCUGAAUGAAUGAUCAUAGUAUUACACGUCGUCAAGUUUUACAGGACCUUCGCACUUGUCAGCUAAGAAUGCUUCGCUUUUCGACUUGGCGUUCUAGACAUGGACAACGUAACUCGGGUAAUCGAAGUGCGAGAUGCUU